AUGUCUUCAAAAUUAAGAAUUUUAGUUCCUGUCAAGAGGGUUAUUGAUUUUGCCAUUAAACCAAGAAUUAACAAAACUGGAACAGGAGUUGAAACCAAGGGGGUUAAAUUCAGUAUCAAUCCAUUUUGUGAUAUUGCAUUAGAAGAAUCAUUAAGACUUCGAGAAAAUAAUCCAAAUUUAAAUGUUGAUUCAAUUCAUGCUGUUUCAAUUGGACCUUUAAAAGCACAAGAUGUUUUACGUACUGCAUUAGCUAAAGGAGCAGAUACUUCAACAUUAAUUGAAACUAAAGCUGAUCAAGAAAUUGAACCAUUGGGAGUUGCUAAAAUUUUGAAAAAAAUUGUUGAAGAAGAUAAAUCAAAUUUAAUUAUUUUAGGUAAACAAUCAAUUGAUGAUGAUUUUAAUCAAACUGGACAAAUUUUAGCUGGUUUAUUAAAUUGGCCACAAGCUACUAAUGCAGCAAAAGUUGAAAUUAAAGAAAAUGAUGAAGUUUAUGUUACUAGAGAAAUUGAUGGUGGUGAAGAAGUUUUAAAAGCUAAAUUACCAAUGAUUAUAACUACUGAUUUAAGAUUAAAUGAACCAAGAUAUGCUAGUUUACAAAAUAUCAUGAAGGCAAAGAAAAAACCAUUGAAAAAGACUAAAAUUGAUGAUUUUGGUGUUGAUGUUGAAAAUAAAUUGGAAAUUUUAAAAGUUGAAGAACCUGAAGCUAGAGCUGCUGGUAUUAAAGUUGAUAAUGUUGAUCAAUUGAUUGAAAAAUUAAAAGAAUUGAAAGCUAUUUAA